ACUUCGUGUGUGUGAGGACACUGCAAGUGGCGUGCGAAUCCAGUCGAGAGCUGAGACGGCAACCGCGGCCACCCCCUCACCCCCACCAAACCGCCGCUCCCCGCGAGACCAAAACCCUAGCCGCGUCGGGCCGCCGGUGAUGUCGGACAGCUUGUACCCGUACGGCCACGGCGCCGUGGGCGAGGGUGCGGGCGCGGCGGGGUACUCGUCCUACGAGAUCGACCUCAUCGCGGCCCGCUACGGCGGCGGCCCGCUCACCAACCCCUCCUCGGCCGCCGACGCGCGGCCGGUCGGCGCGAGGCGAUCCACGGGAGUUCGCUAUCAUCAGCCAAUCAUGGGGAGUCAUAGUACUGUUGAACAGAUUGAGGCUUUAUACUCUUCAAAUACUAUGGUCAAACGCCCUAGGCUUGAAAGCAGCCUUCCUAUAUAUCCACAGCGACCGGGGGCAAAGGACUGUGCCUUCUAUAUGAUGACCCGGACCUGUAAAUUCAGAGAUUCCUGCAAAUUUGACCAUCCACAAUGGGUUCCAGAGGGUGGGAUUCCAGACUGGAAAGAGCAGGCUGCAAACCUUGAAGAAUCCUACCCAGAACGACAAGGGGAACCAGAUUGUCCAUUUUUUAUGAAGACUGGUAAGUGCAAGUUUGGAUCUAAAUGCAAGUUCAAUCAUCCGAAGGGAAGGGUUAAUGCAUUAGCAUCUGGAAAAGGCAAUGAAAAGCAUCCAAGUGCAGAUAGUUCUAUCUUACCAGUGAGGCCUUCUGAGCCGAUUUGUUCGUUCUAUGCAAAAACAGGCACAUGCAAAUUUCUUGCAAAGUGCAAGUUCAAUCAUCCAAAGGAUAUUGAAGUACCUUCAGAUCACAAUGAAUCUGAAAAUGCAGCAACCGUUGAAGGAGAAAAGGAUAUUGGUGCUGUAGAUGAUUCGAUUUCAGUGAAGAUGUCAACUCCGAUUGCCGCACAAGAGUUUAACUCUAAAGGACUGCCUAUAAGACCAGGUGAAGUUGAUUGUCCUUUUUAUAUGAAGAUGGGCAGCUGCAAGUUUGGCUCUUCUUGUCGAUUCAACCACCCUGAUCGUCUAGUUUUAAAUUUUCCACUGGGUCAAACCAUUAUCCCUACUCCGGAAUCCAUUCUGCUAAAUCCAGCUGCAAACUUCAUGCAAAGCUUUGAUUUUCAUGCAGCACGAUUACCAGUUGGACCUGGGCCAAUCGCCUAUCCCCAGAGGCCUGGAGCAACUGUUUGCGAUUUCUACAUGAAGACAGGAUUUUGCAAGUUUUCUGACCGAUGCAAAUUUCACCACCCAAUUGAUCGUUCUGCCCCUGAUCGUUCUGUAAACUGGGAGCCUGCUGAGGACUCUCUGCAGCUUACUCUUGCUGGCCUACCAAGAAGAGAGGAUGCCGAGGUAUGUGACUUCUACAUGAAGACCGGAGUGUGCAAGUUCGGUAUGCAGUGCAAGUUCGAUCACCCACCCCCCCAGGAGGCUAUCGCUAAGGUGUCAAAUUCAGGCAGCUGAGAAGAGAGGUGGAUAGAUUGACGCAAACCCGAGUCAAAUCAAUGCUUCAUUCAUUCCUCGCUACGUAGCGAGUUAAACACGAAACUGCACUGCUGGUUUGGUAUAUCGUCUUUGUAGAUCUGUGUGGCAUUGCAUCUGCUGAUGUAUUCCCUUUUAUUUGUUUGUUUUGGCUGUCGCAUUUUGGGUACAUGCACCUGUGGGUUUGGGUGUUCAUGUGCAGGUGAUAUCACUAGAUAUAGGAAAACUACAUAUGCUAUGGUGUUUUUAUUAAUUUUGAUGAGCACUUCUAACUAAAAUACAUUCGUUACCUUCGUUCUAAAAAGGAUGACGUACUAGAAUGCUUGACAAACCUUGAAAUAUUAAAUCAU